AUGUCCGCUGCCCCCCCUGGACGCAGCGACAGUGCGUGGGAAGUGCCCUCGGCUGACGCCUCGCGCGAAUCCCAGCCACUUCAACUUGCAUGCGGUGCAGGCGGCCUCGCCACGAGAUGCAAUUCGACGCAUGCAAAGAAGGAACUUCAUCCCCAUCUAGAUGCAAUUCACCGAGAGUUGGAGGAGCUGAAGCAACGCCGUGAGCGGCUGGAAGCUCAGCGCAAGGAACUACUCGAGGGAGAGCACGAACACGCAGAGGGACAGCGGGCGGGAUACAUUUCGGGCAGCGUGUCGACGCAUGCGGGGGUAGCGAGGUCGCACUCAACUUCCGGUCUUACCUUUGUCCACCCCCGCAGCGAGAUGGAGUCGCUCACCGCCUGCUCCGGAUUGCACGCACCGCAUGAACGCUAUUCUAAAAGUGUCUGUCAAGACUCAGCUGUGCUUGCCAACAUGAAACCCAUUCCAUCCGAGACGGAGCGGCGACGUCUGUUGAAGGCAACGCCACACCUUACCGUCAAGAACGCGCUGCGCACGGCGGCCCAACAUGACAGCACGCUGAUCAUGGGAUCGUUUUUGCUGGAAGACAACCCACACACGUGCACCUUUGCGCGGGAGCGUCGCUUCCGUCCUUUGCUUGGCCAUAAAGGAAAGUACUUCCUCAGUACCGACGUUGCCGUGGACCAGUGUAUGAACCGCAGCCAUACAAACGUGACGGCAUUGCUGAGUACAUUGGGUAGCUCUAGCCAGACACCCGGCCCAGGUGCCUACACACCAAGAUACAGCAAGCUUUCGCGUCCACCGCGCGCUUACUAG